AUGGAGUUUAAUAUAUGUUGUUGUCUCUGUUUGUUAUGUGUUGUGGAGCAGUCAUACUUGCCAUCCCAGACACCAAACGGGCUGAGGAGGCUAAGAAAAGAAGAGCUCAAGAUUUUGAGAGGCAAUGGACAAGGAGAACGCAAGACUUUCGAGAGGGUUUAUGAUUAUGAUGUGUAUAACGAUCUAGGAAAUCCUGAUAGUAGUGCAGAUCUUAAGAGACCGGUACUCGGCGGCAAACAACACCCCUAUCCCAGACGUUGCCGAACAGGACGCCCGCGAACCGAAACAGAUCCAUUGUCGGAGAAAAGAAGCAGUAGCGUGUAUGUUCCUCGGGAUGAGAGCUUCUCGGAAGUAAAACAGCUAACGUUCUCAGUCAAGGCAGUAUCCUCGGUGCUGCAUGCAGUGGUACCGUCGUUAGAGGCGGCGAUCAUCGACACAGACCUCGGAUUUCCAUACUUCACGGCGAUAGAUUCGCUUUUCAACGAGGGGGUUAACUUGCCUCCCCUUAAAAACCAAAACACGCAGUCCCUCCGCAACGUGCUGCCCAGGCUGCUCAAGGCUAUCAAUGAUACACAAGAAAAUGUGUUGCGGUUUGAGACACCAGAAACAAUGGAUAGAGACAAAUUCUUUUGGUUUAGGGAUGCUGAAUUUGGUAGGCAGACUCUUGCUGGCCUCAACCCCUACAGCAUACAGUUAAUCACGGAAUGGCCAUUGAAGAGUAAGCUCGACCCAAAGAUUUAUGGUUCGCCAGAAUCAGCAAUCACUACAGAAAUGAUUCAAAAGGAAAUCGGAGGUUUAAUGACGGUCAAGGAGGCCAUACAUCAGAAGAAGCUAUUCAUUCUAGAUUACCAUGACCUAUUGUUACCAUAUGUGAGAAAAGUAAGAGAGAUUAAAGGGACAACUUUGUACGGAUCAAGGACGGUGUUCUUCCUAACCCCAGGGGGCACCUUAAGGCCACUAGCCAUUGAGUUGACUCGGCCACCAAUAGAUGGGAAGCCUCAGUGGAAAGAGGUUCACAUGCCUUGUUGGGAUGCUACAGGUAUCUGGCUAUGGAGGAUUGCAAAAGCUCAUGUUCUUGCCCAUGAGUCUGGUUAUCACCAACUUGUUAGCCAUUGGCUCAGAACUCAUUGUGCUACAGAACCUUAUAUAAUUGCGACAAAUAGGCAACUCAGUGCGGUGCACCCUAUCUAUAGACUAUUGUGCCCUCAUUUUCGGUACACUAUGGAGAUUAAUGCUCUUGCUCGAGAAGCACUUAUUAAUGCAGGAGGGAUCAUUGAGACCUCAUUUGCACCUAGCAAGUACUCCAUUGAGUUAAGCUCCGCUGCUUAUGACCAGCAGUGGCAAUUCAACCUGCAGGCAUUACCAGCUGACUUAAUUAACAGGGGAAUGGCAGUUGAAGAUCCAACUGCUCCACAUGGCCUAAAGCUCACAAUUGAGGAUUACCCAUUUGCCAAUGAUGGCCUCCUCCUUUGGGACAAUAUCAAAGAGUGGGUGAGUGACUAUGUCAACCACUAUUACCCCAACCCAAGCCUCAUAGAGUCUGAUCAAGAGCUACAACAAUGGUGGACAGAAAUCCGAACAGUAGGCCACGCCGACAAAAAAGACGAACCUUGGUGGCCGGUUCUCAAGACCCCAAAAGACCUUAUCGAAAUCAUCACAACGAUUGUAUGGGUGACAUCUGGACACCAUGCAGCCGUAAACUUUGGACAAUACACUUAUGCUGGUUAUUUCCCUAACCGGCCUACCAUUGCUAGAACCAACAUGCCCACUGAAGAUCCUUCUGAAGAAUUUUGGAAAAACUUCUUGAUAAAGCCCGAAGGUGCACUCUUACAAUGCUUCCCUUCACAAAUUCAAGCGACAAGAGUGAUGGCUGUUUUGGACAUCCUAUCAAAUCAUUCUCCGGACGAGGAGUAUCUGGGGGAUGUAAUAGAGCCUGCAUGGGCUGAAAAUCCGAUCAUUAAGGGGUCCUUUGAACGGUUUAACGGGAGGUUACUUGAGCUUGAAGGAACUAUUGAUGAGAGGAAUGCAAACAAGAAUUUGAAGAACAGAACCGGAGCUGGGGUUUUGCCGUAUGAGCUUUUGAAGCCAUUUUCGAAGCCUGGAGUGACAGGAAAGGGAGUUCCCUAUAGCAUUUCCAUUUGAAGUUGAAAUGUGUAUUUCAAGAAGGUAGAUGAUCAUAUGGCAAAUUAGGAUAAAUAAGAACAAGGAAUAUUGCUAGAAACUUCAAUGGGAUGAGCCAGAUGAUCUUUUUU